AUGAAGCUCGUCGCCUAUAUAGAUGACUGGAAUUCUGUUGGCUUUUGGGGUACGGAUGAACAACGAAUUAUUGCCAUCCUUUCCAAAAGAUCGGCCGCUCAACGUAAGCAGAUUGCGGAGAAGUACAAGGCCUCCUACGGAAAGUCGCUAGAAAAGGCCUUAAAGAGCGAACUGAGCGGCAAGUUUGAGGACCUGGUCCUGUCUAGCUUGCUGGAUCCCGCAGAAUUACUGGCCAAAUACUGUUUGGACGCCGUAGACCGCGUCGUGUUCAAACGAGAUAUGGAGAAAGAUAUCAAGGGAGAUACCAGCGGGGAUUUGGAGCGCGUCCUGGUCUCCAUGCUUCAGGGUUGUCGUGAGGAGACCCUGGUGGCGAAUCCACAACAGGCCGCAGCGGAUGCUGAUGCGCUCUACAGGGCCGGAGAAAAACGCAUGGGUACAGAUGAGGGUACAUUCAUUCGAGUCCUUACACAACGCAGUUUUGUACAAAUCCGGGAGAUAGCAAAAUGCUACCAGCAGAAAUACGGGAAAUCGCUCCAAAAGGCCGUUGAGAAGGAGACGUCUGGCUACUUCGAGAAGACAUUGGUAGCGAUCAUUAAAUACGCCGAGGACAAGAAUGAGUUGUUCGCUACCUGGUUCUACGAGAGCAUGGCCGGCGCAGGCACCAGAGACACUGACCUUCAGAGGCUUGUACUUUCUCGUUGCGAGUUGGAUCUGGAGGACAUCAAACGGGCCUAUCAGGCCAAGUACAACAAGAGUCUUGCAAAGGCCAUUGAAGGAGACACGUCGGGUGACUAUAGACGCAUGCUUCUGGCCCUCGUCAACUGA